CCCCACCACGCCGAGCAUCCUCCCCCCGUCUUGUUUCCCCUACCCGCAGCGGCAGUCUUCCGCAGUCCCCCCGCGGGGGGAAAUCUCGUUCCCCUGAACCAGCCCCUUUUCCUUCGCGCUCAAAUUUGCCGAAUGCCAACCCAAAACCGUUGGAUGCUAAGCAGUUCAAGAUUAUCAGCGAGUUGAUAAAACGGACGACGGUCAAAAAAUGCGAUGCCUCUGUUCAAAUCGUUCCCCCGCGCAUGAUAUCAGAGGGGACUCAGGAUGGCAAGGGGUUCAGGCUACGGUGCACUGCAGUUCAAGUAAGAGCCAGAACCAAAGACAGCUCUACAAACACCAUCGCGGACAGACCUGAGUUUCAUCACAGGUAUGUUCAGACUGCUGCAGUCCCCACACGAAACACAUACACUCAGACACAACCAGCAGUCAAAGCCACGGGGACUCAGACCACCUCUGGCAAUGCCAGCGGUAGUUCCCUGGCAGCCACUCUGGAGAGAGUUCUGGGUACUGUUGGGUGUACCUACCCAGCCAUUGACGCCAUCGUCACUAGAGUAGAAGAUUGCCUCUUGAGACAAGCCUCCCUCUCGACCGACACCGGGACAACGUCGGAUUACGAACUGGUCGACAUGUCUUGCGACGAGAACGAAGUCAACGAAGAAGGAAAUGAUGUGUCUUUCUGAGUCCAAAGCCAACUGCACUUCCUUCACCCGUUGUGUCUGGAGCCUCUAACAUCAGCGAUGGAGAUCUGAGCGAUAUCGCUAGCCCUUCGCCGCCCAGUGAUUUUGGGAAGAGUCUGACAACCGACGACGAAGGGAACCGUCUCUACUCUCCCUCUCAUCCUCUCGAAUCGGGCGAAGAAGAAUGUACCGAGGAAGAAGAGUCCCAGUUACCCUCUCCUCCCCCACCCCCUCCCCAGUCACUUCUGGUGCCCUCUGCCACUCCUCCACCUCCCUCUCUACCUCCCUCAAGAGUACAAGGAGACCUACUUACUGGUGAAAAACAGCACUCAGAGUCAAAAGAACUGAAGAAAGACAAGCACAACACCUCGGAUGAGAAGAUCGAGAAUGAAGAAGCGUUUGCUGAUCAGAUACUUGAGGAACAGUUUUCAAAGAGUGCUGUUGGUAGCUCAAAAGGGGAGAGGCAUGUGUGUCCACUGCUGCUACCAGAUGAUGGUGAACAGGGGAAUAAUCGAGCCACGGGUGAAAACGCGACUGCACAGAAAAGGAAAGCAAGAGGAGGAGACAGUAACGAGGCAGAAUGAGGGUUGUUUAGCUGUUACAACCGAGAGCCAACAACUAAUGGAUUGUUCUCAGAAGAGUUUUCAGCACUCCACUGAUCUCGAAACAACAGCUAAAGAACCAAGUCAUGUUGAGAUGGAAGAGGAAGGGGCCACAGAAAGCAUGCAAAACACUAUUAGUGGCGAAGAUCCACAUGAGAGCAGUGGCAAGUCUGAGAAAACCAGAAUUGAUGACUUGCCUUUGCUUUCACCUUGCAAGUCAUCCAGCUCAUUACCAGCCACUGAAGCAGCAACAAAACCUGAGUCACCAUCCCAACCAAAGACACGGGCAAAGCACAGAUCUGCCAGCUACAGAUAUGAGAUGGACGAGAGGACUGGUCCCUCUGUGGAGGACAUUGCUGGGAGUAAGUCCGGCUCUUCUUCCCCGAGAAGGUCCAUGAAACAGAGCGAGCGACCAGGGAAGUGGUCUGCUACGAGUGGGCCGGCCAGCAGCACGAGAUACAAGUCUAAAACUGACCACAACACGGAGUCUGAUGAGUCCCAGAGCUCCUCUUCGAGACGUAGACACAAAUACGAAACUCGACACAGGAGACGGUCGGAGCCCGAGGGGGGCGAGUCGAGUGGGAAGGAAGAAAGACGGGAGCUCCGUUCUCGACACAAGCGUGGCUAUGAAAAUGACUCCAGCUCAGAAAGAAGUGAGAGGAGAGAGUUGCGACCAAGAAAAGGUGCCGACAAAAAAGAGGACACUGCAAGAGGAGAACCUAAGAAAUCCAGAAAAACUAGAGAGGAGAGGUAUAAACCGGCAAAGUCACAACAGAGGGACCCGAGCCCUUAUUCAACAUCGGGCAAGAGGAGAGAGAAGACACAGAGCAAGCUUGUGGUCCCAACUAUGCAGGCUUUUGAAAAUGAGAGCAGCAAUCAGAAAUCAACUGCAGAGUUGAGCAACAAUCAGGAAUUAACUGCAGAGUCCAAUGAGAAAUCUGGGUCUCCCGCUAUUCAUAAAGAGAGUAGUGUUGAGAGUUCAGAAACCGCGCCAUUGUCGAAGCCACAAAGUGAAAAGAAAAGGGUUUGUGAGGCGGAGGAAGAAAGAGGCGAGAAAGAAGGGGAGACGAAAGAGGACGAGUGUUAUUUGAGAUCUCUCUCCCUCCCGCCGUUCAAAGUGGCUAGAACGAGCCCCGCUGGUAGCCCUACUGAAAGGUCGCUGUCAGGCAGCGACAUUCAGAGCCUUUCCAAUCGCUCCAUCUCCCACUCGCCGCCCGGCAGCGCCGUGCUGAAGAAGAAGAGACCUGUUCUUACUAAAGACGAGCUACUUGCAAUGGUGAGAGCAAAGAAAAAGAGUGGACUUGCUAAAGACUCGCCCAAUAAGUCUCCUUCGGAACAGGGUUCUGAGAGUGACAACGGUACUAGUGGAGAGAGGAUUGAGGCAACGGAGCGGUCCAAACUGGACGUGAAAAAGUUGAUGUUCAACUUUCACCGGCACAUGCAGGCACGAAAGGGGAGCGACACAAGUUGGAUCCAUCCCUGGGCAGUUUCCACCGACAACACCUCUAAUUCGCCACGGGGUGCCGUGGUCCCUAUCCCUCAUGGCUCCACAUAUUCCCUAAAGAACCCUCCACCUCCUCCUCCUGGUCCUCCUCCCUCUUCCACUUUCCAGCCCUCUCGACCCGCCCGCACCGGUUCACAAAAAUCGCUGCCCACUCCAGUUGAAGGAGACGCAGAAAACGUGGUCUGUGCAGGCAAGAGUGAAACUCGAAGUCCGCCUGAAGCAAUGGAAGAGGACGAGAAAGAUGCCACGGACUGCAAAGACCCUUCUGAAGAGAGCCUCAUAGACAGUGCUGUAGAAAGUGCUGAACUUCAAGCAGCUGGCGACACUCUAUUGGCAGUGUUUAGGGACGCGGUGGGCAGGGCAGUGGAGGAAAGAAUCCAGGGUGAAGAGAUUUUCCAGGGAAGGUUUUUGGAUACACUGGAGGAUAAGAUAGUUCGGGAGAAUGUGAGGAAGUUUGUGGACACUGCGGUAGAGGAGAAAGUCACCGAAUUGAUGUGUGCUGAAGACGUCCUCCAGGAGAGAACUCUAGAGGCAGUAGAAGAUACAAUAUCUGGGGAAGUUGUAAGAUUUGCUCUGGAGGAAGGGGUUGGGGGGAAAGUGGUUGAGCUGAUUCGAGCAGAGAAUGUCCUUCAAGAGCGAGUGCUGGACGCCGUUGAGUCUAAGAUUGUCUACGAUACUGUAGCCAAACUGACAGAUGAGGAAGCAACUAAGGAAUCGAAGUGGCUGGUCCAUUCAGAGGAGAUACUUCAGGAAGAAGCCGUAAAGUCAAUGCAAAAAACAGUCAUCUCUGAAAUGGUUCGCAAGGCGGUGGGUGAAGAGAUCGAGAAAAAGGUCAGGGAAACUGCCAAGAGCGAGGAAUUUCUGCAAGAGAGGGCAGUUUCGGUCGUCGAGAGCCAAGUGGUGCGGGAGACUGCAGCCAAGGCUCUGAGGGCAGCUGUCCAGGAACAGGUGUUUGUAAGAAUAGAAUCAGAGUUGGUUGAAGAAGCCACUGGUGCAAUAGAAGACGUGCUGGUUCAUGAGUGUGCAAUGGAGGUCACAUUGGAAAGAGAAGUGUGUGACUUGGUAAUGGUGGAGGUAUUGGUGUGGCUCUUGGAGGAAACUGAGGUGGCAGUUGCAAGAGAGAGAGUGUGUGCUACCGAGACGAUGGUGGAUGCUGUUGUGAUCCACGUAGAGCAAGAGGCCGGUGAGCAGUUGGUUUGCGAGUGUGAAGAAACCCUUGCUGUAGGGGCUGCAAUGGAAGAGAUGGUGGACGAAGUAGUUGCUACGGUCCAGGGUGAUUUGAUCAGAGUAGCGACCGAAACAGCGGCAGAAGAAGCUGUGAGUGUACAGAUCGUUCUCGAAAUGGAGAGCCUUGUUUCCGAGGUAUUAGACGAGUUUCAGUCACACAUUGCUUUUGAACUAGCACAAGCAGAGGAAGAAAGAACGGAUGCACUGAUUGAAAACUGCCUCCAAGCUCUUGUAGAAACACUACUUAGGGAGUCUCUGUCAUUAUUUUCUGAGCAACUAAUAGCUGAUGCUCUGGAAGAAUUGGAGGAGAAAGCCAUCGAAAAUGUCGAAGAGCAAGUAUUGCAAGAAGCUCUGAAUGAAGCCGAAGCUCUGAAUGAAUUGGAGGAGAAAGCCGUCAAAAACACUGAAGAGCAAGUAUUGCAAGAAGCUCUGAAUGAAGCCGAAGCUCUGAAUGAAUUGGAGGAGAAAGCCGUCGAAAACACUGAAGAGCAAGUAUUGCAAGAUAUCCUGCAAUAUCUUGUCGACGACAUCAUCGCCAUCAUCAAAAAUGUCGAAGAACAAGUAUUGCAAGAAGCAUUGGAGGAGAAAGCCAUCGAAAACGUCGAAGAGCAAGUAUUGCAAGAAGCUCUGAAUGAAGCCGAAGCUCUGAAUGAAUUGGAGGAGAAAGCCAUCGAAAAUGUUGAAGAACAAGUAUUGCAAGAAGCUCUGAAUGAAGCUGAAGCUCUGAAUGAAUUGGAGGAGAAAGCCGUCCAAAACGUUGAACAACAAGUAUCGCAAGAUAUGCUGCAAUAUUUUGUCGACGACAUCAUCGUCGUUGACCUGGAAAUCAAGACCGCAGAGAAACUUCUGGAAGCUGUGUUCUCAGAUUUGUUGGGUGAGGUUGUGGAGGAAGUGGUGGAUAAUGAAGAGAGGGUGGGAGAAUUUAUGCAAGGGAUGAUUGCUGGCCUUGUGGUAGAAGGUAUGCUGGAAGGCACAGAGAACAGUCUAGCCAAUGAACAAGCCGAUAAGGAAGAUGAUAUUGUGCUGAGAGCCGAAGGAAAGAUUUCACAGAUUGUUGUGACAGAAACAGUAGAUGCUACACAAGGAAGAUUUGCAGCUAAGGUCACUGAGGAAAAAAUGGCCGAAGAGAUGGAAGACAGGGCAAUUGAUAACUUUGUAAGUUUGCUUCUUGCGGACAUACUCGGUGAGACAGCCGUCAAAUGUGUCGCAUCUGAAGAAGACAUGGUUUUGGAGGCGGGUGAGGUAGCAGCAAAGAGGGUAGAGGAGGAGUUUCUGGGGGAAGCAGAGGCCGUGGUUGUAAAGGAACAGGCUGCAGUGGGUGAACUGCAGGAGAUCGUCUUGAAUGAAAUCGAGGAGGAGGCGAGCAGAGAGGAGAUGGUCAGGGAGAUGGUUGCAGAUGAGUUGGAGAAGGGAAUCAUGAAGGAGAUGGAGGGAGAAGCAGCUGCACAGAGAGCUGAGGACGAACUAAAGAGCCGCAUCGCCUAUGAAGUCACGGAGGUGUUCCCUGACACUCUGGCAACGCCCGACUGCACCACGCCCACCACACCCACUUACGUCCACGUCAUGGACGUAGUGCAAGAUCCCAUGGAGCACACCCAAAUCCUCUACGAAGUGACAGAAGUAAUUCCAGACUCUGUCACUCAGCUGAAGUCUGAGAACACACUCCCACACGUACACAUCUUGGACUCAGAAGGCGAAACUGGCCAGGACCUCCUCUCGGGAAGCAGUAAUGAGCAAACCUCAACUUACAUACAUUUCAUUGACACGCCACCACAGGCAGGCGAGCUUGCUAGUGCAAACGACACUGGUGAGACUCUGGACAAGGCAGAGCAAGGAGUUACUUUGCCUCCCAGUGAAGUUAAGCCAAAACAGGGUACUCAAGAAAGAGAGAGACGUCAAUCAGAAGAUAGUUCAGUGACUUCACCAGGCCCCAGUCUCUCUCCUCCCCCGCUAGCAGUGCUCAACCCACUGCUACCCAAAUACAUUUCCCGCCGUCUGCAACUCCGCCCGCUCAAAUACUUCCCGCCCCCUGAUGGAGUCCAGAGGCCCACCCCUUUGCCGUUGGGUUCCUCCACUCAGACUGCCGACGAGACUCCGCCCAGUGAAGAGGAAUUCAAACAGGAUGGAGGAAACCUCCAUUCGGUGUCUCCAAGGAGCAAAGUGAGGAGGAGGGGCUGCCGCUCGACUCGCGCUCGCCGCUCAGGGAGACGGAAUAGCAGUGGAUACAGGCAACCCACCGCUGCCGAACGCAAGCUCCGUCCACGGACAAGAAGCCAAAGCUGUUCUUCUGCUCACGACUCUUUAGACCCACCCACUUCUCCCCUCAUCGCACCCUCCCCCACCCAGCUCACUGAACUGGUUCUGUCCUCGAUCCAAGUGACUGACCAACUCGCCACAUCACCAAUCCAUCCACCUUCAGACGCUCCCACUCCAGCACGUAGAGGCAGACCACGCGGGAGACCACCUAAAUCCAGCAGCAGAUACCGCUCAAGGGCAGGAAGGGGGUCGAGAUCUUGUGGGAAGAGGAGCGAAGAUGCAUCAAAGUCGCCCCAUCCUCCCAGAGAAAUGUCGCUGAUUGUCUGUGUUCCUAGGUUCAGUAUGAAGUGGACAAGUUCGGCGACUUCAGAAAAAGAGUCGGUGUCGUCUGAGAAAGAGCAGGAAAGUGUGACAGAAGUCGGUCCGCUCAAGGAGGUAGCAGAAGAGGCAAAGGGGAGCACUGGUGGGAGCACACAAGAAAACGAUGAUGUUUUCAUGGAAGUGGAGUUCUCUGGACCGCAUGCGCUCCCCUGCGUUCAGCCUAGUCUUGAGUCUGACCUGCCAGCAGUAUCCACUGAUGGUACGGUAGCCACUGAGGUUUCCCCCUGCAUGGACAUGGAGUUGAAGGGUGUGAGAGCUAGGCCAGCCUCGCCAUGUCGGCCAGAGGGAGAAAGAAAGGUGAGGCCACCAGAAGUCGGGCACCAGUUUUUUGGAUGAGGAUAUAGAGGAGUACCUUCAGGGUGAAGCUCCAGUAACAGAGGCAGCUUCAGAAGAGGCCAUUGAGACAGAAUCAACAACUAACUCUGAGGAAGUUACAGCUUCGGAAGGUAGCUCAAUUGAAGAAAUGUUGACAGGAGCUAGAACAUCAGCUGAAGGGUGCACCAGUAUUGAGACUUUGACGGAUGAUAGUUGCCCUGGCCUGACAACUGGAUCCUUGACAACAGAGGAUAAAGCUACUGCUUUAGGAAGUUGCAUCGGUGUCACAAUUGAAUGCUUGUCACAACAUAAAGCUUAUGCUUCAGAAAGCGUAACCGCUGAUCCUACUGAUUCUCUGGCGGAAGAUGAAGGUUUUCCUUCAGAAGGCUGCACUAACCUGAGAACGGAAUCGUUGUCUGUGACGGAAGAUAGAGCUACGGACACAGAAAGUUGCAACAACGAAGAUACCGCUUCCGAAAGGAAGAAUGGUGACGGUGACCUCUCACUACUCGACCUCCCUUCCACAUCCCCUGUGAAUCUGGACAGCCCCCAGGCCUCGCCAGCUACAGGUGGAAGUUUCUCCACUACCACUUCCCCACGCUCUGUCAACGAGGAGGAUAUGAUAUUGCGGUUGGAGGCAAGUUUCAGUUCGGCCCCCGAGACAGACAGCGACCAGGAAGCGGAAUUGGAUCUCAUGAUUGUGAAAGGAACCAAAGAAGACGACGUUCAGUGCGAAUCGACAGCUUAACGCGCAAGGUACCAAGAGCGAGUCGUCUUCCUUGGGUGAAAGUGGAGGAAAAGCCGACCGUGAGACUUGGGAACUGUGUACGGAACGGAAGGUGUCUACUGGAGAUAGCAGCACCACCAAAGAUGCCAUUGCGGAUAUUGCUGAGGCAGUCCACUGUCUCGGUUUCCGUCGCAACCCCCACUGCCUCACUUGGCCAGUCUGAGGAGAAGACGGGUGCAAAACCACUAGAGAAUGAACCCGUUCUGGAGGAGUCAGGGAGCACCUCAGUCCCAGAGGACACCUUAGUCUCAGAACAGGCGGUUAUUGAUGGUGUUCUUGGGGGUACAAACACAGUAUCAGUUGAGACUGGUCCAUCUGAGAGGGUGUCACACUUACCUGACGCUGUCACCUUAGUCUCGGAACAGGCAGUCGUUGACAGUGUUCUUGAGGGUACGGACACAGUAUCUGAGAUCGUCCCACACUUGUCCAACGCUAAUCCACCACUUUCUCACCUCCCUUCUUCCUCUCUUCUUGACAAAAUUCCAACCACAAGCCUUUCCCCACCAUCCCCUCCUCCCCUUCCUCCCCUUCCUCCCUCUCCUCCCCCUCCGCCUCCUCCCCCUGCCACGAGAAAAUUUAAUGACUCUCGUCGUCUGCCGUGGGCAACAGCUGAAAUGCUCACCAUCUCCAGCGAAGGAGAAGAAUCAAUGGACCUUGUCUCUGAUGCUGAGGGUUUGUCUUCGUCAGAAGAACCAGUCGAGACCUUAGAAGAGCGUCAGAAUAAAACACCGCCUGACCACCCGUUUCUCGUGAUCGGGAUGAAUAGAGGCGAGGAGACUGAGGUGAGCAAAGUUGCGUCGUCACCACCCAGCAUCCCUGUACCGUCUUCCACCGACUUUACUAACCAAUCGGAGAGUCAGAGCUUGUUGACUCGGCAAACAUCGCCACAACCUCCGCAGCCGAGAGAACAUGUACCUUCUACCGAAAUUCCUGUGCUGCAGAUGUUUUCUUCCCAUCCCCGAACCUUGAGCAUUUCUCAACACUCGACAACAGAAUCUGUACCCGCUCGCUCGUCUCCCCCCUCUUCUUCAAAGAACAGGUCGUCUCCAGUUUCAGACGCAGAGCUCCUGGAUCUCCUAUCCUCGGCUCACCAGGAGUUCAUGUCUGCCCCAAUCCCCCAGGGUAGACCGAAGCCUUCGUCGAAAGCUCCCUCUCCUUCAGAGGUUCCCGCAAACAUUCCUGUGGCACAGCCUCCAGUCAGUUUAGCUCCUGGUAAUCAUGGUGAAGCUUUGCCGUUUGAAAGUUUCAGGGAGACUAGUACCAGUACUAGUAGCAGGGAGACGACCCCGGAAGCGUCAACUAAGAAGGCGAAGCAGAGGUCUGCAAGCGACAGUUUGUGGCAGUCGUUUUCUGACAGCAAGUCAAACCAACCUCUUCCUCUGUCCUCGCAGAGUC